GGGUGUUCGGUGUCCGCCCGGUGCCUGUCAGGGGCAGAUAUUAAAGCCUAGGAGGCGGCGCACAGCUGCAGUUGUCUGUGGAAAACGAGGACCGUAGAGACAGGAGUGUGCGGGCCUCGUGUGUGGUCACCAUGAGGAAGUUGUGGGCUAUUGGCCUGUGCUUCGUUCUGCUAGCCUUUGUAUCUGUCAGAGCGGAAGAUGAAGCGGACUUUGAUGGAACAGUAGAAGAUGACCUUGGAAAGAGCCGAGACGGCUCAAGGACAGACGAUGAAGUUGUAAGCAGGGAAGAGGAAGCAAUUCAGCUGGAUGGACUUAAUGCUGCCCAAAUAAAGGAACUUCGAGAAAAAUCUGAGAAAUUUGCAUUCCAAGCUGAAGUUAAUAGAAUGAUGAAGCUGAUUAUCAACUCCUUAUACAAAAACAAAGAGAUUUUCCUUCGAGAACUGAUUUCCAAUGCUUCUGAUGCCCUCGAUAAGAUCCGGUUAAUUUCUUUGACUGAUGAUACUGCUCUUGCUGACCAUGAAGAACUUACCAUUAAAAUUAAGUGUGAUAAAGAGAAGAACAUGCUACAUAUAACAGACACUGGCAUUGGCAUGACGAAAGAAGAGCUUGUGAAGAAUUUGGGAACCAUUGCUAAAUCUGGAACAAGUGAAUUCUUGAACAGGUUUACAGAAGCCCAGGACUCUGGCCAGUCUACCUCUGAGCUGAUUGGGCAGUUCGGUGUUGGCUUCUAUUCUGCCUUCCUUGUUGCCGAUCGUGUAAUUGUGACAUCAAAACACAACAAUGACACACAGCACAUUUGGGAGUCUGAUUCUAAUCAGUUCUUUGUGAAUGACGAUCCUCGGGGUGACACAUUGGGAAGAGGAACAACCAUAACCUUGGUUUUGAAAGAAGAGGCAACUGAUUAUCUUGAACUGGAGACCAUCAAGAACCUGGUCCGAAAAUAUUCUCAGUUUAUCAAUUUCCCUAUUUAUGUAUGGAGUAGCAAGACUGAGACUGUAGAGGAGCCAAUUGAUGAAGAUGAAGCUAAAGAGGAGGAGAAGGAGGAUACUGAUGAGGAAGCUGCUGUUGAGGAAGAGGAUGAAGAGAAGAAACCAAAAACCAAGAAGGUCGAGAAGACUAUCUGGGACUGGGAGCUUAUGAAUGACAUUAAGCCCAUCUGGCAGAGACCAGCUAAAGAGGUUGAAGAGGAUGAAUACACAGCCUUCUAUAAGUCUUUCUCUAAGGAAAGUGAUGAUCCAAUGGCUCACAUUCACUUCACUGCUGAAGGAGAGGUUACCUUCAAAUCCAUCUUGUUUGUGCCUUCCACAGCUCCCCGUGGUCUGUUUGAUGAAUAUGGCUCCAAGAAGAGCGAUUUCAUUAAACUCUUUGUCCGCAGAGUUUUCAUAACUGAUGACUUCCAUGACAUGAUGCCAAAAUACUUAAACUUUGUUAAGGGAGUGGUUGAUUCAGAUGACUUGCCUCUUAAUGUAUCUAGAGAAACCCUACAGCAGCAUAAACUGCUAAAGGUUAUAAGAAAGAAGCUGGUGCGCAAAACUUUGGACAUGAUUAAGAAAAUUGCAGAAGACAAAUAUAAUGAGAAAUUCUGGAAGGAGUUUGGCACAAAUAUCAAACUUGGUGUGAUUGAAGAUCACUCUAACCGCACCCGUCUGGCCAAGCUUCUCCGAUUCCAGUCUUCCAACAGCAAGACAGAGCUUACCGGUCUGGACCAGUAUGUUGAAAGAAUGAAGGACAAGCAGGAUAAAAUUUACUUCAUGGCUGGCUCAAGCAGGAAAGAGGUGGAUUCUUCCCCAUUUGUUGAACGUCUGCUGAAGAAAGGCUAUGAAGUGAUAUUCUUAAUUGAACCUGUAGAUGAGUACUGCAUACAGGCCCUGCCAGAGUUUGAUGGCAAGAGAUUCCAGAAUGUUGCCAAGGAAGGACUGAAGCUUGAUGAAAGUGAAAAAGCAAAGGAAACCCAUGAGGCCCUGGAGAAGGAAUAUGAGCCACUGCUUACCUGGCUGAAAGAUAAAUCUCUGAAAGACCAGAUUGAAAAAGCUAUCAUAUCCCAGCGUUUGACACAGUCCCCAUGUGCACUUGUAGCUAGCCAGUAUGGGUGGUCUGGCAAUAUGGAAAGGAUUAUGAAGGCACAAGCAUACCAGACAGGCAAAGACAUUUCCACAAGUUACUACUCCAGCCAGAAAAAGACUCUUGAAGUAAACCCAAGACAUCCUUUGAUAAAGGAAAUGUUGCAGAGAGUAAAGGAAAAUGAAGAUGACCAGACUGUAUCAGACCUCGCAGUAGUACUUUUUGAGACUGCCACGUUACGGUCAGGAUAUCAGCUACCAGAUACAAAGGCAUAUGGUGAAAGAAUAGAAAGGAUGCUGCGGCUAAGCUUAAGUAUCGACCUUGAUGCCAAGGUUGAGGAUGAGCCAGAGGAGGAAGAGGAGCCAGCAGCCGAUGAAGCUGAGCAGGAAGAUUCAGAUGAUGACGUUGAAGAGGUUGAUGCAGAAGAGAAGGACGAAACAUCAAAGACAGAAGAACAGACAGAAAAACAGGAAUCCACACAUAUAAAAGAUGAAUUCUAAAUGCCAUCUCGCAAACCAACUAGUGGGGGUGGGCUUUUUCAGUGUUUGGGAGGGUUUUUUAGUUUGUUUAUUUUUUUGUUUAUUUUUUUAAGAAAAGGAAAAAAAGCAUUCCUCAUGAAUGUAAAUUUGUACUAUUUAUGAGUAUAUGGUUGUAAAAUCUUUACAUGUGCACACAAAUGUUCUGAAAAGUCACACCGAAUUCACUGUCAAGAUGGAACGUGGCAAUGCCACCCAACAGACUUUGUUACAAUAGCAUUGCAAGCUGACACCUCAGAUGUGGAAGGGAUUUGGCAUUAACCUGCACAAACCAGAAAAGGACUGGGUAUCUGUUCAUCUUGAUGAACCGUCUUGUACCAAGCUGGCUGAAGUACAAUCUAGCACUACAGAGCAGAACUGGACUCAAAAUGUGAAAUGUCAAGUGUAAUGGUUAUGUUUGUCGUCCUGGAACCCUGACUGAAAAGCGGCUAAGGUUCAUCUUGUAACACUUCCGGUUACUGUUGUCACAAUUUUACAGUCAAUGUCCACAUCAAACUCCUUUAAACAAUAAAGUUGUGGUGACUUUAUCAUUGA